GGCUGUUUUCUUCCAUACCUGCAACUAGGGAACAACAUCAGUGCCAGGUUAACAUGGCCUAUCAAUCAGAGGUGAUCAUUGAUGCUCAGCCACAACCUGCAGGCACCAGCUACACCUUCAAUAAUCAAGGAAACUGGAAUUCGGAGUUGUGCGACUGCUGUUCUGACCUGGGCAUCUGUCUUUGUGCCACUUUUAUACCCUGCAUCCUUGCCUGUCGGGUCUCAGAACAAGCUGGGGAAUCCUUCUGUCUCCCAUUUUUGCCAGGGUCUCUGAUCGCUCUCCGUACAGGUGUGCGUGGAAAAUACGGUAUUCAGGGGUCUAUCUGUGAAGACUGGAUGGUCAUGUCCUGCUGUAUGCUGUGUGGUCUCUGUCAGAUGGCUAGAGAGCUGAACAGGAAUUGAGAAGACAGAAGAAGUGUCCUGUCUUCACUUGGAGAAAGCAAAGGAAGAGUUGAAGAAAUGAGUUGGGGGGGGGGGGAACAAAGCUAGAGCUGACAGAUCUGAAGUGAGAAAGAAAGAGGAUCCAAAAUUACAGCGGAAUUAAUUUUCCUGCCUCGUUGUUUACUAAAGUUUGCAAAUGCAAAAUUCUACCGAAAAGAAUAUGCACCAAAACACACACA